GAUUCUGGCGGCGCCAAACAAAGGCCGGUGUGUGUUUUGAUCCGAUGAUUCGGCGUGGGUGCGAUUUUCUUUAAAACUGAUACACGCGAGUGUGGGAUAUUUCAUUGACACUAACCGUUCCAUACAAUGCCUGCUUCAGAUCUAGUAUGGGACCCAUCCAGUGGUCCUGUGUUUCAAGUGUAUGGCACAAAGCGAAAGUCCUCAUUUCAGGAGACAGAACCUCAAAUGUCAGAUGUCAGUAUGGAGCUCAACAGCAUGUGUAAACGACGAUGCAUGCAGAGAACAGAACCUGAAGGGCUAGAAGUCAACCACAAUGAUCCAGAUCUCCAUUCCUUACAACACUGCCAGUCCAUGAGCACUCCCCAUAACCAGGCAAUGGACCAGGACAUGGAAACCCAAUCCCAUAGUCACCAUCACUUGAUAUCUGUACAGUCAUACUAUGGAGGCCCUCAAAUACAACACAUGCAAUCCCAGCCAAGUCAAGCCACAAAUGACCAAUAUCCAGCUCAUAUGACAGCAGAGAACAAUAUGGUUAUGGAUCUAUGUGAUGAAACAUACAUGAUGUUACCAGAGAAAACCAGGAGUGAGAGGGAACAAGAAGCAGCACAAAGCCUCAUGGACUCAGACUGUACUCCAAACCAACAGCAGUACCACCAUAACUCUCUAACUUUCUGUGAUCCUAACUGCGUGGGUGCCAGAACAACAGGGCCUAAGGUGCGGUGUUACUGCAAACCUUCCUGGGAUGGAGGGAUGGAUCUCCGCCCCUACGUAUCAGAUUAUUAUUAAUUGUUGCUGUGCAUAGGUCUGUACAUUGUAUAUGUAUGUAGGGUUUCUGAGUGUGUCAGAUACCCAUCAGUGUUCACUGCCUCAUCAACUGGGUAUGUAUAAAGUCAUAUUUGAUGAUCUGGCCAAGAAGUGCUGGAAUUUUAGGCAGCAGUACAAAGUCUGGUUGAAUUGUCUUCACCACAGAAUCAGAAGUCACUUCUUUCAUUCAGAGAUUUAUACAUAAUAUUAACCAAUUUCAAGAAAAAUUUGCCUGUGUAAUAUGAAGUGCUAUACAUGUCUUAUUUCUUUUAAAAAAUCUUUUCUAAAGUAGUCUGCAGUCAUACAAGUAUACACUAUUUAAGAUUGAAAAUGAAUCUCAAUGUAAGAAAUGAACAUGUCAAUCAAAGCUUAAUGAUGUUUUUGUUUAAGUCCCCCCUGCUAUAUAAGAUUAUUACUCCUCAUUAUUGUGGCAGUUGUUAUUUGUAUACAUGGAUGAUUGUCUGCUUUUCGGAGUGACAUUAUUUUUGGACAAGAUUUAUGUUACACUUUGCUUUGCUUAUAGUUGUAUUUGAGUUAUAUCUGUUUAUGGUUUCAAUGAAACCAAUGUUAAAAUCUGCAUUGUUCUGAAGUUGGAUCAGAUUGAGACAGGCUAGUCUGUGUUUAUAUUACAU